CCUUUUUCAGACAAAAACAGUUUUGUUUGUCAUAUUUUUCAACUUGGAAUCUUAAUAACAAUAAUAUCUCUCGCUCGGCGUGGGUCUUACUGUUUUCGUUGAUGGUUUAAGGUUUUAUUCAACACUAGUGGAACAAAGAACCAGUAUGUGGAAGAUAAAGUAUGUUUUAGGGAUCGUCAUUUGCUUCAUAUUUGUGGUAUCAGUUAGUGGAAAAGGAAUGUUUGCUGUUAUUCUUAAAAAAAUGACAAAUAGCGAAGAAACAGGCUGGGAUAAUUCUUGUUGUGAUACGCUUUGUAACGACUGCGAUACUUAUUUUAAAGUAUGUCUAACAACAUUCCCACGCCCUACCUCGAUAUCUAACUGUAUGUCUGGUGUGCAGACCAGUGGAUAUCUGGGGGGAAACACAUUUACUAUGAAUUACAAAGUGGAAAGACCUUUCAACAUAAAAAUACAAGAUUUUGGAGUAUUCAUAGAAGCAUGGGAUGAUGACUCCACGAAUGAUGACCUUAUUGACAAACACUCUGCGACUAUCAGCGCUAUCCCGACCUACAAUGGUACAGUUAUAACAUCCAAUACCGUUAGCCUGACAGGUAGAAGACGUACGAGUAAGACAACAUUAGAAAUUCAAUACCAGUUAUACUGUGAUCGAUUUUACUAUGGUCCUACAUGUGCUACUUAUUGUAAAUACAGUGACUAUAUUAAUGGCCACUACUGGUGCAGUGAUAACGGUACUAAGGUGUGCUUGGAAAACUGGUAUGGGAAAAACUGCACGGACUAUUGCUUUCCUCGUGACGAUGAACUGGGACACUACUAUUGUAAUAGUAAUGGAACUAAACUUUGUUAUCAAAACUGGUAUGGAAACAACUGCACGUUAUGGUGUUUCCCGAGGAAUAGUUCGUCUGAUGGGCAUUAUUACUGCCUUAGCAAUGGUAGCAUCAAGUGUGACUCGGGAUGGUAUGGAAAAAAUUGCACAACAUACUGCUGGCCAAAGAAUAAUCAAUAUAGCAAUUAUAGAUGUGACAACAAUGGAACAAAGAUCUGCGCUGCUUUCUGGUAUGGUACAAUGUGCAACGUGCUUUGUAAGCCUGAUGGUUUUGGGCAUUAUCGCUGUGACAAUGCUACGGGUUCAAAGGUGUGCCACAAGGAUUGGUAUGGGGCCUCUUGUACAUCCCACUGUGUGUGCCACAAGGAUUGGUAUGGGGCCUCUUGUACAUCAUAUUGUGUUCCUAGAAAUGACUCUACUGGCCACUACAAUUGCAAUCAUGUUAAUGGAACAAAGGUGUGUCACAAGGAAUGGUAUGGGGCCAAUUGUAAUUUAUCCUGUUCAWCCRAUCAGUCGCUCCACCAGAUUUCUUGUAAUUCGACGAAUAAAAUAAAGACCUGUCCAAACUUUGCUGUCAUGUGUGGUAAUAGCCUGGUUUCUACAACUCCUAUGCCAACCUCAAGUUUCAUUCCCAAGACAACUUUUUCUGUGUUUACUACARAKUUAAUAAACUUGUCAGUAUUAAUAUCUACGUCUACGAUAGUAAACACGCGGCCAACAAUAAGCAAWGUAUCAAGCACUCUUUACGUACAACCAACCAUGACAGCGUUAAAUAAAUCCACUGAUAUGAAUACGACAAAGAGCACGGGGAAGCAAACAAGGCAAAGUGAGGCUUGGAAGUACGUAUCAGUCUCAUUGGGAAUUGUUGCGUUCUUGGUUAUCACCAYCGUUACGCUUAUCAAGUAUAUGCGUGCAAGGAUAAGAAGACGUAUAAGUAUGUGUGAUCAAGAUGAAAAGAAAGAAAAACCACCUCAUAUUGAAGAUCGUUAUGCAGUUCCACUGAUACAAGUAAGGGGGCAAAGAAUGAGUAUACAAUCAAAAGAUGGGUUUACCACUCCACCAGAGACACCUGAAUGUUUUCAAAUCAAAGAUCCAUCCACGUGGCUGCUCCCUGAAGAUAGCUCCCUAAAUCGUGGAAUUAAUUAAUAUGAAAAUAACAACUAUUAAUUUUACCAUUUUUAAUUAAUAGUAGUUAGUGCAUAUGUAUGUACUUUUGUCACACAAAAAUGUAAAGAAUGUGAUGACGUCAUAAGAAGGUAAAAAACUUGAGAGGGGUGGGAAAGAAAAGCUACGAUGUUGGGGAGGAUUAUGGGUUCAAAUCCCAUCGAGGUCGCUCUUUUUUAAAGAUUGUUUUCCUCCUUACCACCCCCCUUCCAAAGCCAAUAACUCCACUUACCACCCCUCCCUAACAACGUAGCUUUCCUUUCCCACCCCUCCCAAAAAAUCAUCCUAUACCAUCUUAUGACUUCAUUACAUUCUUUAUAUUCUUGUGUGAUAAAAGUACAUACAAAUGCGCUAUUAAUAGUCUGAAAAGGCAUACACCUACUUGCAAGAACGUUGUCAUACAAAAAUAGAACAUUAUUAAUUUAUAGUGGGAUAGGAAUUAUAUUAAAAAACAAAAGAAGAUCACUGAAGCUGAACUUUUUCUUUUGUCUUUUAAUGUAUUCCUUUCUCACAAAAUUACUAAUGUCCUAAUAUCGUAUGACAACGUUUUUGCAAGUAGGUGUAUGUUCAGGAUAUUAAUUAGUGUAUACAACCAUUUAGCUCGCUUGUAAUGUUUUCACAUUUCAGAHCAUGGGUCGUUCUCUAGAGUAUCAUUUCUUUGUUAAAUGGUUGUAUAAUUUAAAAUAUAUGAUUAAGGAUACAACUCAAACAAAGAAUUUUAUAACGCGUCGAAAUAUAUAAAUAUGUACAUAAGGAUAUUUGACGAGGAUAAAAUUAUAUCCCAUGAAAAUAUUAGACAAAAUACAAACAAAAAAAACUUUGAAAAGGCAUGUAACUUAAUUCCAUUGAGGAAUCAAGGCAAAAACGCCUUUAAGGUAAAGUAUUUCUAACGAAUGGUUGCAACAACCAUAAUCUGCACCAAUAUUAUUAAUAUUAYAUAAUAACAUACAAUAGAUGCAAAAGUAAAAUUGUGAGUAAAAUGCUUUAGAAACUCU